CUCUGAAUUGUGAUCAUUCUAAGAAGCUAUUUCCAACGGUAUUUACACAGGACUAUAUUCAGAAGAUAAUAACACAAAGAUAUACAUGUAAUAGCCUUUCAGCUCUACAUAGAGAGAAAUUCUGGGACUCCAGACCUGGAAGUGAAGACUGUGAAAUAUCUUAUUAUAGAAAUGAUCUGCUUGCAAAACACAUCUGUUUCACUCCUGAAACAGAUCAGGAAACUCCAGAUACUCCUCCUGAGAGAACUCAGUCCUCAGAUCUUAAGACUCACUUCAGAAUUUCUACUCAAGGAACAACUUACAAAUAUAAUGAAUGUAUGAAAUCCUCUAUGCUGUUCUCAAGACUUAAAGCUCAGGACAGUAUCCAUACAAGAGAUAAACUCUACAAAUGUAAUGAAUGUGGAAAAUCCUUUACAAAUUCCUCAAACCUUCAUGUUCACUGCAGAAGUCAUACUGGAGAGAAACCUUACAAAUGUAAUGAAUGUAGCAAGUCUUUUACAUACUCCUCACAUCUUAUAGUUCACAAUAGAAUCCAUAGUGGAGACAAACCUUACAAAUGUACUGACUGUGGGAAAUCUUUCACACAGUCCUCAAGUCUUAAAAUUCACCAGAGAUCACAUACUGGAGACAAACCUUACAAAUGUACUGAAUGUGGGAAAUCUUUCACACAGUCUUCAAGUCUUAAACGUCACUACAGAAUCCAUUCUAGAGACAAACCUUACAAAUGUAAUGAAUGUGGCAAAUCUUUUACACACUCCUCAAUUCUUAAAGUUCACAAUAGAAUCCAUAGUGGAGACAAACCUUACAAAUGUACUGACUGCGGGAAAUCUUUCACACAGUCUUCAAGUCUUAAAUGUCACUACAGAAUCCAUUCUAGAGACAAACCUUACAAAUGUAAUGAAUGUGGCAAAUCUUUUACACACUCCUCAAUUCUUAAAGUUCACAAUAGAAUCCAUAGUGGAGACAAACCUUACAAAUGUAAUGAAUGUGGCAAAUCUUUUACACACUCCUCAAGUCUUAAAAUUCACCAGAGAUCUCAUACUGGAGACAAACCUUACAAGUGUUCUGAAUGUGGGAAAUCUUUCACACGGUUCUCAGAUCUUAAAUGUCACUACAGAAUCCAUAAUGGAGACAAACCUUACAAAUGUACUGAAUGCGGGAAAUUUUUUACACACUCCUCAAGUCUUAAAAGUCACCAGAGGUCACAUACUGGAGACAAACCUUACAAAUGUACUGACUGCGGGAAAUCUUUCACACGGUCCUCAAAACUUAAACAUCACCACAGAAUCCAUACAGAGACAAACCACUUAAG